GAGGCAGGCUGUGGAGUGGGAGGAGUGAGCGACAGCGGAGCUUGCUUUUACAUAAGCGCAGCAAAACAUGCGGUUGCAGACGCAGACAACAAAAAUAUAGGCAAGUGAGGCAAUUUCGAGGCUGGUUCGAGCUGAUAGCGGCGCGCCAAAGAUCACAGUCGGUGAAUGAGUCAUCGCCGCACGGUGUCCUUGGUAUGCGAUCAACGCAGGUGCUGCUGGAACGUGCGCUUCCGUGUUUCCUAAAAUGAUCGCUUGGUAAUUAUUAUCGGCGAGGGGAGCCCCUAUUUGUCAGCAGUGCACCGACAGCUCGACUGACAGUCGUUUAAUCGCCGCCGUCCAGCCACUCCUCGUUCGAUUUUGAGCUUUCUUCUCGGCUAAUUAAUUGCAAGAUGCCGUCGAGCAACCCUGUGUACCAGCCCACGACCGUCAGCUACGAGCAACAAGGAAGUGAAUGGCCCGGAAGCUACCUGUCGCAGACGGUGGCUUCCGGCUUCAGCAGGACUCAGUGUCUGCAGUGGAUGGUGUUGGUGCUCGGACUUUUCUCGGUGGCCGCCGGCCUGAUGAUGGCCAUCGAAGGCACCAUCGACUACCGCGCCACCGAGAGCGUCCCGGUGCUCGAGUCCGAGACCUCCGGCGACCUGACCAUCGCCAUCUGCGGCGCCGUGCUGCUGCUGGUCGGCGUCAUCCUCCUGCUCGGAUACGUCGGCGUUGUCCGGAGGCACCAAGGCUUCUGCUUCUGCUGCGAGGACAAGGACCUCGGCCGCUUGCGUGAUGGCAACAAUGCCCAGAUUUUGAAUCUCGGCCCAACUUCGACAGACACUUUGGUAACAGCCCAGUAUGGACCAGUGUCCGAAAUUGCGUACCAGGCGCCGACGAUCAAUGACGAAGAAGAGACCAGGAAGCUAAUGGAGCACAAAGAAAAAAUUCCUACAGAAGAGGAGAAAAAAACCGAGGAAAAGCCCAAACCAGCCGCAGCAGUCUCCUUGGAAGCAGCUCCAAUGGCAACAUGCGAGGAAGAAAUCACGCCCUCACUUCGAUCUUCAUUUUCGAGUAUAGAUUUCAGGGAUACCUACUCAAUUUCGAGCCUAUCCAUUAACUCAUUUAACAGCCUAUAGCGCUGACAAGUUGACAACGCCUCCCAGGCCUGCUAUGUCCAAAUUAUUAGCCUCCCCUGAGUGUUUAUUUGCGUACCAUCUGUUGAUUCACGAUAUACGCAAUCUAUCAAAGCAGCUUUCAAUAGUACAUCAGCAGUUCCAAGCACGCAGUCCUGUUAACAUAAUCAACUAAAAAAGGGGUUUGAUUACAUAGCUUUAGCCCUGGCCCUUGCAUAACGUUUUAGGUAAACAACUCGCGUUUUAUUCCAUUCUUAUUAACUAUGUGAAUGUAUCCUCGUUUUUCUCUACUGAAGUGAAUGUUGCUAACUUUGCAAUUAUACAUGUUGGUGAAACAAAAUAGUCAUGCAAUUUUGCGGCUGCAAUGCUAUACAAUCAGCUCUUAUGAGGUACUACAGACGAAAAUAACGUAAUCAGUGGACAUGUGAUAGUGAGGAGUUUGUCAUUCACGCAAUUCGUUCAUUACUUGCAUUUAGUUUUCAGGUACUGUCUUUAAACGCAUCUUUGCUAAAUUUUCACAACUUUUCUCAAGGUAAAAAUAAGCAAGUGUGGCCAUGUGUCUGUAAAAUGAUAUCCGUCUAAAAAAACCUGCCAAUUUUAGCCUAGAAUAUUGGAUAUAUUCACGUGGAAUAUUGUUGUACCUUGUUGUCUAGAUCAGAUUGGUUUAUGUCAAUUUUUGGUAUGAAUUAUUAAUUGCGCAAUGACUGCGGUAAAGCAAACGGAUACGAGACUUAUUAAUAAUAAUAACUAUUAUGAAUAUUGGACUAAUAAUCAACUGUUAACAAGCCCAGGUGCACGCAACACUCAACAACCAAUCUUCACCUAAUUAUUUUCCAACAUUUCAUGACGUGAGCGAGCACACAUUAUAGCCGAUGACAUGUAUACAUACAGUUCCACCGCUUCACUCUGGUUUACCGAACUUGCACAAACACGUUUUUAUCAUAUUCUUUUUUGCAAUAUUUGCAGCUGCGUUUUUUUAGUGACGACUACACCUUUGUGUUUACCCCAAAUGUGAGGAAGUGAAAGAAAACAUUUUUGCUUUUACAAGUAAACAAUUCAUACAACAACGAUUGAAAAUAUUUGUGAAAUUUUGAAAUUGUUUGUUUCUGUAAAAAAACAUGAAGCAAUGUCAUUAAUGUGAUCUUAUUUUUUUUCUACUAUGCAAUUUUUGCUGAUAACGUUGUUUUUGUGUAUUUUAUGAAUCUCAAUAUUGAUAAACCUCAUUUUGUGUUUCGUCCACAUAAAAAGGAAAGUAAUAGACUCUUGGUGUUCAAUAUUUGCACAAGAAAUUUUUGGAUUAGUUUUAAAGGUUUUAAAUAUACAUUUAAAAAUAACUGCUUGUGUGGAAACACUUCUAUGUUCAAAUUUUAUUCAGUGUGUUUUUCUGAUGCAUAUUUCUCGUUCCUUUUUAUAUAAUGUUAUAUUCAUCAAUAAAUUAAUUGGUGUAAGCUCAA